AUAAAUAUGUUUAUAGUUGCAAUAACGGGUGGAAUAGCAACUGGCAAAAGCACAGUUAGCAAAGUUUUUCAAGACAAUGGUAUUCCGGUCAUAGAUGCCGAUAAAAUCGCCCGACAAAUUGUGGAGCCUGGCACACCCUGCUGGCAUAAAAUUAAAGAAGUAUUUGGAGAUGAGGUAUUCUUACCCACACGUGAAAUUAAUCGUGCCGCAUUGGGAAAGGCCAUCUUCAAUGACAAGGAGUUGAGGGGAAAACUAAAUAAAAUUACACAUCCUGUGAUACAUCGUACCAUAUUCAAAGAAGUUUUUAAGCAUUUUAUGACUGGGAAGGCAUGGAUUGUCUUGGAUUUGCCAUUGCUCUUUGAAACGGGCAUUUUAAUGGAUUUUAUACAUAAAAUUAUUUGUGUUACAUGCGAUCCCGACAAACAAUUAAAACGUUUAAUCGAACGCAGUGAACUAUCCGAGGAAGAUGCCAAGAAACGUAUCGACUCCCAAAUGCCUCUGGAAAAGAAAUGUGAGAAGUCGCACUUUGUAAUUGACAAUAAUGGUUCCAUUGAGGAUGCCCAGGCGGCAGCCCAACGCAUUUGCAAUAUGAUGAAUGAAAGUAAACAGCAUUGGCGCAAUCGCUUGAGUCUGCUCGGUUUCGUGUUUGCCAUACUAUUUGUUUUGUACUAUGUAAACAAAAUAUUUAACAUUUUUCCAAGUUUAGGUAGCAUUAAAAGCUAA